UCAACGUUAGAGAUAUUAAAAUCAGAGAGGGAGGAAGCGGCCAAGAUGUAUCAGCAAGACCGCCAUUCCCUCUUAGAGACCAUCGCGUUUGGACGCCGGUGUCAGUGCCCCGCCCAGAGGGCCAAGGACCAGGGAGUAGUCAGCGAGUCCAGACACUCCUUCUCCUCAAGCACCGUUUCCGAUGGGGAGGUGGCUAACCAUUUCCUCAGCCCUCCCCGGGGGACACCUGAGGAUGCUGUAGCAGAGAGGGCGGUGCAGCGAUCCAUCAUGGAGUAUUCACACUUUGACUGGACCAAGAAACCUCUUGCAGAGGAACGAAGAAUGAGCAAGACUGAGAUAAUCACUCAAUCCUGUUUUCCUAGAGGAUCUCGUUUCCCCGCGGGUCCUCUCGGCGUGCCGGUCUUGGGAUACCUCCCAUUCUUGGACUGCCGACGACUCCAUCAGAGCUUGAUGAGCCUUGGCCGUCGCUAUGGCAACGUUUUCUCUCUCAAGAUCGGCGCGCAGACGGUCGUGGUUCUGAAUAGCGCUAACGUCAUCAGGGAGUGUUUGGUUGGGAAAGCGACGAGUUUUGAUGGACGACCGGUAUGGAUGCUGAACAAGGUUAACCAAGGAAGAGGUAUAGCCAACGAGCAACCCACCAAAAAGUGGCAAGCCCAUCGCAAGGCGUGGUCAAAGGUCACGCGAAGUUUAACCUCCUAUGACCUUGACAUGGAGGGCAAGAUAUCACAUGACAUUGACCGCAUCCUCUCUGUCUUAGAGUCUAGUCAAGGACAUCCAAUCGAUGUCUCCAAGACAGUACAUAUGGCUCUAUGCAACAUCAUCUGUUCUUUAUGCUUCGGGAAGAGCUUCUCGUACGAUGACCUCGACUUUCAGCACCUACUCAAAAUGGCGGACAAGUUCUUCCGCUACCUUUCAAGUGCCAGUGCUGUGAAUUUCUUCCCGAUUCUUUGGUACUUGCCGCUGAAAGCAAACAAGGCUGUAGCAGAAGGAUACGAGGGUAUCUUUGGUUUUGUGAAGAAUCUCGUGGAAGAGAAGCAAGAUGGAGUAGGGAGGAUGCAGGACCGUGGGUUUAUUGAUGUGUGCUUAGAUGAGACCAAAUCAAAGAAGAACUGUGAUGUUGUAAAGAUGAAAUCAAAGAAGACUUCUGCAGAUAUGCCAGGCAGAAAUAUUGAUCGAAAUGCCGAGACUACAAAUGACAACAAAAAUGACUCCAUAUCUUCUGCAGAUUCCCAUUGUCAUCAACCAUGUGGCAACGGCACGGCAUGCAAAGAAAUGGACAACGACGACGAGAAUGAUGUCCUCGAGACACUUGACGAGUACAGUCGACGAGUCAUCUGCGAAGAUGUGACAUACGUAGCGACCGAUAUGUUUAUAGGAGGAGCCGAAACAACACAUGCAGGCGUGAUGUGGUCUAUUGCCUUCAUGGUGCUCUACCCAGACAUUCAGAUUAGGGUGCAAAAGGAACUUGAUGAUAUGGUUGGUGACCAACAUCUGCCGGUUUGGAGCGAUCGACAUCAUCUUCCAUACACGCAGGCUUGUCUGCAGGAGAUCCUUCGCCUCGGCAACGUCAUCCCCAUUGCGAUUCCUCAUGUGACCACCCGUGACGUCACAAUGUCUAAUGGAUGUCAUCUCCCCCAAGGGACCACUGUCUUGUCCAACCUCUACGCUUGUCACAUGGACCCUAGUGCCUGGGAAAGCCCCAGGGAGUUCCGGACGGAGAGGUUCCUAGAUUCGGAGGGCAAUCCAAAGCGAUUUGAUCACUUCAUGCCCUUUUCAAUAGGUCGUCGCAUGUGUCUUGGAGAGCAGUUGGCCCGCAUGGAGCUCUUUCUCGCAUUCACUCAUAUCUUCAUCAAGUACGACGUCAGCUUCGCGCCAAACGAACGCCAACCAUGCCUCGAAGGCCGCCCCGGAAUAACGCACAGCCCCUAUCGCUUCAAAAUAUGUGCAAUACCAAGAAAAGCUACGAAAAUGGAACGGUAA